UCAGCCAGCAAGCAUGGAUCUCCGGCUGCGACUGCCUGGCGAGUAGAGGAAGAAGGCACAGAUGGCUAAGAAGUAAGUCAGCCACCCAAGCGCACGCGGGAGCAGCUGCAGCACCCGUGUGAGACGUGAGUGCUUGGCCGUCGCCGGCCGGAACCCUGUGAGUUGUCCCCAGGCGCUGCGGGGCAGAGAAGGAAUUGCGAAAGAGUCGGGAGGCCGGCUGGAGAGCGGGAUCCUGUCUCACUUCGGGGCCUGGAGAGGAGUUAGGGAGAUUGACAAGCGCACCGCGGAAGAUGGGCAGAUAGCCUUGGAGACGUGGGGAAAGCGGCCAGAGGGAAGCGGGUCCCCUUGACUCAGCCUGUCAUCCUUCCAGAAGCAGGGAGUUGCUCCGGGCAACUUGGCAAGGCUUCCCAAGUGCCUGGGAAGCUGGGGCCGAUGUCAGUCCCACCGCUGGUGCCUGCCUGCCCAUGGGCAAGGACCUGCUGCCCCAAGAUGUGGAGAAUAGUGUGAGCACCAAACGGCUCUGUCCUGCGUGGCCAUCAGUCCUUCUCUUGUUUGAUUGUUGUUGCUGCUAUUCUUUCUUGAGAACUUCUGGGUGAAGAUACCAACUUUUGUGGAAGCUGCUAGGAGGGGGAAAAAAGUGUAACGUGAUGGAGAGGAUCUCUGCUCUUUUCUAAUGCUUCCAGCUUCCCCGGGUUAAGCCAUCCCCUCCGGAGGACUGAAGCUGUGGGACUUGGUGACACUCGCGAGUGGAGCAGGAUUCCCUGGCAGCCGUCAGCCAGAUCGACCCCUCUGCAUGUAUGAGUGUGCCAGCAGCAGCAAAGGGGGCAGGGUUCCACUUGUGGAGUCUCUGCUGGGACCAGAGUGAAUGGCCCCCAGGGACGGCGCGGAACCUCUGCCUCCGCCACCUCCACAGACCUGGGUCUGGCCUGGAAAGAUGGUAGCGAUGGGUGCCCUGGCAGGUUUCUGGGCUCUCAGCCUGCUCACCUAUGGCUACCUGUGCUGGGGCCAGGGCGUAGAAGAGGAGGGGCCCCUGAAAGCGGAAGCUCAAGAGAGACCUGAACCAGGUGUAAGGGCCCCCUCCCAGCCCCAUCUCAUUUUCAUCUUAGCUGACGAUCAGGGAUUUAGAGAUGUUGGUUACCACGGAUCUGAGAUCAAGACGCCCACUCUUGACAAACUCGCCGCAGAAGGAGUCAAACUGGAGAACUACUAUGUCCAGCCCAUUUGCACACCAUCCAGGAGCCAGUUUAUUACCGGAAAGUAUCAGAUACACACGGGACUUCAACAUUCUAUCAUCAGACCGACCCAACCCAACUGUCUACCUCUGGACAACGCAACCCUACCUCAGAAGCUGAAAGAGGUCGGCUAUUCAACCCACAUGGUUGGGAAAUGGCACUUGGGAUUUUACAGAAAAGAAUGCAUGCCCACCAAGAGAGGAUUUGAUACCUUUUUUGGCUCCCUUUUGGGGAGUGGUGAUUAUUACACACACUACAAAUGUGACAGCCCCGGGAUGUGCGGCUACGACUUGUAUGAAAACGACAAUGCUGCUUGGAACCAUGACAACGGCGUCUAUUCCACGCAGAUGUACACUCAGAGAGUGCAGCGACUCUUAGCUUCCCAUAACCCCACAAAACCUAUAUUUCUAUAUAUUGCUUAUCAAGCUGUGCACUCACCACUGCAAGCCCCCGGCAGGUAUUUCGAAAACUACCGAUCCAUUAUCAACAUCAACAGAAGGAGGUACGCAGCCAUGCUCUCCUGCUUGGACGAAGCAAUCCACAAUGUGACCCUGGCUCUCAAGAGGUAUGGUUUCUAUAACAAUAGUAUCAUCAUCUACUCCUCAGAUAAUGGCGGGCAGCCCACAGCAGGAGGAAGCAACUGGCCUCUCAGAGGUAGCAAGGGAACGUAUUGGGAAGGGGGCAUCCGGGCAGUUGGCUUUGUGCACAGCCCACUCCUGAAAAACAAAGGGACGGUGUGUAAGGAACUCGUGCACAUCACCGAUUGGUAUCCCACCUUGAUUUCACUGGCGGAAGGACAGAUUGAUGAAGACAUUCAGCUCGAUGGGUACGAUAUCUGGGAGACCAUAAGCGAAGGUCUGCGUUCACCCCGAGUGGAUAUUUUGCACAACAUCGACCCCAUUUACACCAAGGCUAAAAACGGCUCCUGGGCCGCAGGCUACGGAAUCUGGAACACUGCAAUCCAGUCGGCCAUCCGGGUGCAGCACUGGAAGCUCCUUACAGGAAAUCCGGGCUACAGUGACUGGGUCCCCCCUCAGGCUUUCAGCAAUCUGGGCCCAAACCGGUGGCACAACGAGAGGAUUACCUUGUCCACUGGCAAGAGCAUCUGGCUCUUCAACAUCACGGCUGAUCCGUACGAGAGGGUGGACCUCUCCAGCAGGUACCCAGGCAUCGUGAAGAAGCUGCUGCGGAGGCUCUCCCAGUUCAACAAGACAGCAGUGCCCGUCAGGUACCCCCCAAAGGAUCCCAGAAGCAACCCUCGGCUCAACGGAGGAGUCUGGGGUCCCUGGUACAAAGAAGAAAACAAGAAAAAGAAGACAAACAAAACUAAGGCUGGGAGAAAGCAGAAGAAAAGCAAGGCUAGGAUGAGAAAACAGCUGACAGCGCGCGCCUCAACAAAAUGCCACUCCAGUCUCACCGCUGGCUAAAGGCAGGACUUUCUGCCGCGGGUUAAACUUAAACUGCCCUGUUCCCAUGUAAUCGAGAGAAUUUGGCUCAGAAAUACAACGGCCAGCCGCCUCGGGCUUGUUUUCACGAACUCGCUCUCUGCUAGAGGCUUCUGGCACCUGGCUGCCAUGUGGACAAAACCACCUUCGUGGGUGCCAAAGGCGGUGCUUCCGCAGGCCACACAAGGAGGGGAAUGCAGUUAUUUGUCUCUCUCGAGUCUGUGUAAGCGGCGGUGAACAAACAGAAUGUUGUUCAAACAGUUGAUCAACCAGAAUGCUUUGAAUCCCUUCAGUUGCGAAAGGAACUGUGACAACCUGUGGUAAUUACAGGGUAACAAGAUUAACACAACGACUUUUGAUGCGAAGGUUGCGUCCCCCUCAAAGGCCCAAAAAAACAAUGUUUCAAAGUGAAAUUUCAUAAGCAACUUGGGCUUUUAAGAUAAUUCUAUUUCGUGUUGCGGUUGUCUCUUCUCUAACGGUGGGGGGAAAAGCUGCUUCUCUCUCGUGGCCAGCUUGCACCUCAUCUGAUCCUGCUAAAAGGAAGGGCAGAUAAUGCCUGAGCAUUGGCAAAAACGAAUGCAUCUACGUCCCAGACACUUCGGUAGAAUAAAACAUUUCAAUGUAAAGUGCCUAAUUUAUUUUUCAAAAAACAUUACACAGGUGAUUUUAAUUCCUUUAUUUUUAGUUUCUACGUAAGAAUUUUACACUGUAAUGCCAUAAAUUACUGUAAUAUCAAGUAUGAUCAUAAAAUAUAAAAGAACUCAUUCAGAAAAAAAUUG